UGGAGGUCUCCGACACUUGAAGGGGCCGUGCAGACACAGUGAGCAGAUCCACGGUGGGAAGGGAGGCUGUGUCCCUGCCACAAGAACAGUGACUAUGAAACUCCCCCUGCUCCUGCUGCUCCUCCUGCUGGGGACAGUUGCUGCUCUUCAUCUGGGGAAUGAUGCCCCCUAUCUGGACAGCCAAGAGUCACAGGCAGACCUGAGCCAGGAUCUGGAAGGCUCAGGGGAGAAGGAGGGAGAGUUGGUCCUGACUGAGGAGGCCAUUCAAUCCCAAGGAGAGCAGGUGGAGGCUUCCAGCUGCCAAGAUGCCUUUGAGGAUAAGAAGGCCAUGGAAUCGGACCAAGGUGCCCUAGAUGAGAACUUUCAGUGCCCCAGGGAAGAGGACACAGUGACAAUUCUGGUCAGUGCUGGGUACAAGAAUGGACGCUACCGGUUGGUGAAGACUCCCAAAACAUUUGCAGACGCUCGGAACACCUGCAGGAAUUGCUACCGUGGCACCCUGGCCUCUAUCCACAACAAGCAAAUCAACAGGAAUAUCCAGAUCUCCUGCAAUAACUUCUAUGGCAAUGUCUGGAUUGGAGGCACUGUCUAUGCCAGGGGAGGAAAGGAGAGCCAUAGAGAGCCAGAGACAUCAAUGAGAGAGAAACAUCGAUCACCUGCCUCCUGCCCACCUUCUACUGGGGAUGUAAACGCAACCGAGUGCCCCCUGUUACACUGGAUUGAUGGGAGCAUUGUAAAUUUUAGCCACUGGGCUCAUCAUCUUGGGCACGGCCACUGUGUGACCCUAUGCACCAGAGGUGGUUUUUGGCGACAAUCAUGUUGCGAAAGACUUCUGCCCUUCGUCUGCUCCUCCUAAGCCAGUGGCAAGGAAAAGAGCCUGCCUGGAGCCCCAUUCCCUACACCCCUCCUGGCAGCCCCUGGCCCACCCUGGGCACUGGGCAGGACUCCCUGCUUCUACUGGUCAUAAAGCCAUGUUUCCCACUGCA